AUGUCAACAAAACCGUACCCAUCCAGAAAAAAACGCAAGCGUACGGAGCGGACGUAGGCCAACAUAAUUUUUGCUCGCUUUUCCCCCAUGCUUAAGUUUUAUCAAGAAAAAUUAGCCUAGAUUUCUUCAAUUGGUGUAUUAUCCUCUGAAUUUUGCAUCUGGUGUUCGACGUCAGUUAAAUAAAGAUGGAGUGUGCUACUAUGAGAGAAGAAAGCUGCUGUGCUGGGCCUAGCAGGCUACCAGCUGAUGAUAAACCACAGGAAGUCAAGGUUGGCAUUACUCAGAAUCGUGCUGAGCUGAUGAGCCAAUGGGCAGACACUGUCAAGAAAGUUGUCUUCAUUGUGGGAGGGGCCAUCAUUGUCUUUGCUGCAGCAUGUAACUCCCUCACCUGGCAUCUUGAGUCAUUCUGGGGUGCUUCCGGUGACUUCUGGAACCGACAGUGGAUGAAGAUCUACAACUUGUUUGGCGGCAAUCUCUUCAUGCUUGGAGUAGUAGGUACUGAGUUGAUUACCUUUACGUUCUACUGGCUGUUCAAUGCAUUCUUCCUGUUUGUUGAUGUGACUGGUCGACCAGCCUUCAUUCUCAAAUACAAGAUACAGGAAGAUCAGAACACACCGGUUCCCUGGCCCAAGUUGAAGAAGGCCCUGCAGACUGUGCUCUUCAACCAGGUCUUUGUCAACAUCCCCUUUGCAUUGGUACUGUACUUCUUGAUGCAGUGGCGUGGUUGCAAUAUCAGUGCUGACCUGCCAACAUUCAAAUGGGUCCUGGUGGAGAUGGGUGUCUUCCUGAUCUUUGAGGAGAUCGGAUUCUACUACUUUCACAGACUCCUGCAUCACCCACGAAUGUACAGACAUUUCCAUAAGAAGCACCAUGAGUGGACGGCACCUAUUGGAGUGACAGCCAUCUAUGCCCAUCCAUUGGAGCAUAUCCUUGCCAACAUGCUUCCACCAAUCAUUGGCCCCAUUCUGAUGGGAUCUCAUGUGUCUGUGUUGUGGGUAUGGUUCAUGAUGGUGGAAGGCUCUGCCAUUGUUGCUCACUGUGGCUAUCAUCUCCCACUCCUGCCAUCGCCAGAGGCUCAUGAUUUUCACCAUUUGAAGUUUACCAACUGUUUUGGCACCUUGGGAUUUCUGGAUCGUCUGCAUGGAACCGACAAUCUCUUCCGUGAGAGCAAGAAUUACUCGCGCCACAUCCUACUUCUUGGUAUUGUGCCCCUGUCUCAAACCAUCCCAGAUGAUCUGAAGGGCAAACGCAAGGCUUUGGAAAGCAAGAAAACAGACUAAAUCUGACAGUAAAGAAUCAUGAUAUGUUUGAUGGGGGUGCUGGGCAUUGUCAAACAGGAGCAAGUCUAAUCAAGAACCAUUGGUCAACUAGAGGUUGCUUUGUAGCAACCAUGUAGGGGAGACACAGCACACAUAGGAUCCAAAGUAUACACAAUCAAUUGUAUUCAGAUUGUACAUAAACCCAUAUCUCCAAACCUGAUGAAGAAGACAAGGUACAUGACAAGUCAGGACCAACAGCUACCCGGCAUAUUAACACUGUGCACUAGAUGGAAUUCAAAUAUGACUACCCCACAUAGCAAAAGUAAGUUGAAAUAGGUACCCUGCACCAAUAGACCACCAUCAGAAUUCCAAACCAGAAAUACAUACUUGUACUACUAUCUGUACAUUACAGGAUUUGUUUCAUUGCCUAGCACCCCCAUGAAGUUUGCUAGAAAAUAUGAAGAAAUGAUGGCAUCUGUUACUGUCAUUAGCAAAUCUAACGUUAUCUUUUGACAGAAGAACACAGAUGUAGAUGUUAUAAAGUGGCAUGUACAGCCUCAUGUAAGAAUAAGCAUCCUAUUCAACUAAGGUCAGGUUUGUCCUCUGUGGUAAACCUGUUUUCUUAAAUUGGUAAAUAGCGCUUAAUUGUAGAAAAAAAGAAAAAAAAAGAAAAAGUCUGUGAAGUUGACGGACCAAGUUAUUGGUUAAAAUAUAGAAAAUAGUCAUUCUCAACAAAAAGGACAUGUUUGCAUAAAUGAUACGAUAUACAUGUUCAUUUACAUAUUACUUUGGAAAAGGAUGGAUCUUACCGUAGUUGUGUCAUUCAUGUAUGAAAAAGUACAUGUGCAUGCUAUAUUGUAAAUUGUUUUCCUAUUUAAAUUCUUAUUUUAAUUCAUAUAUAUAAUUAUGUAGUGCUGCUAUAUUUAUCAUCCACAUGCAUUCUUGUAGUUUAUGCCAUUAACUCUUGUGGCUUUUUCAUUUGAAAGAGUUUUAAGGGCAUUCUUACAUUUAAAGUUCACGUACUUGAAAUGUACCCAUUCACUUUAAUUAUAUCCAUACAGAGACAGCUGUUUUUUACCCAAUACAAAAAAAAAACCGGUUAAUAUUUAAAUUGUUAUAUUAUCCAUAUACAUGUACAGUAGUUAGAAUAGUUCAUGGCAAAACACUUGACACUGUGACGUACAUGUUAAUUUUGUGGUUUUCCAUAAUGAGAACUAUUAAUUCAGGAAAAUUUUAAAGCAAAACAAUAUUGAAACUGGAUGGAGAAACAGUUUCACAACCUACCGGCAGCUGGGUGCUUGAAAAGGCGUGGGGAUCCUCCCUUCUGUUGUUCUCUUAAUCACUGAACAGCUGAGCUGCUGAGCUGAGCGUAGUGUAGGGGAGUUUUGAUUGACCCUACAAAUGGCCUAUUAGUUUUGCAACAUUGAGGGAUUUUAAAAAAGGUGUUUUUUUCAAAGGAAUGUCCAGUGGCGUUAGAGUGUAAAAAAAAAAAAAAAAAAGCCCCAGAAACAUUAACAGCUGUACCUGGUCUUCAUAGUCAGGAACAGAUAAUACAAUUUUCUUUUACCUUACAAAUGGAAUUUGCUGUGCACAAAUGACCAGUUUUCAAAUACACUCAAAUGUACAGUAAGUGUUGAUGGAUUUUAUUGUGACAAGACUUGUUUUGGUUGUUUUGGUUUGUUGCAGUGCAGUGUGGCUGAACAUUAUGCUAUAAACAGCAGUGUGCAUGUAUGCAAUGUGAUAAUAUAUUUUAAAGAAGGUAAGACUGGUGUUGUUACUGUAGCUACAGAGUAGAUUUACUGAUGUCAGGAAAUUUGCAGCAUCAGAGCUUACUGUUUUUAACUAACUUGGGUCUAACAUAGUUUUAAAUUGAGUAUGACUACAUGCCAACUUGGGUUAAAUGAUUAAAGUUGUACGUGGGCAGGAUGUUUCAAGUCAUUGCUUUAUCGCAUUGGCAUAUAAAGCAGAGAUUUUGAUCUGAAUAUGUGAAGUACAUGUACGCAUGUACAUCCAUAGAAAUAUUUCUUAACAAUUAGGAAUGAUAUUUCCAUGAUACAAAAUUGUAUUAAUAUCAGCUUUAGAUUUUAUUAAUAUUUAUCAGCACAACAAUGCAAAGAAUAUUGUGUGAAAUAAUAUACAUGUAGGUAUGAAAUAAGCGUUCGUUAUUUAAUCCUAAUAUUAAGUUGCAUGAUAUGAAGAUAAAACUAUGUAAAUAAGCAAACUCUAUUCCUUCCUGUCCAGUUGGUUAAGUGACUUCAUCACACACGCACGCACAUUACUAGCGCCCAUUGGAUAAACAUUCACAUUGCGUCAACUUCCGGUCCAAUGGUUCCAAUGCUACUUAAUGUGCAGUGGGCGUAGUUCAAACUGAAGUGACGUCACACUAACAAACCAGAUAAAAGAGACAAUCAUUUUGAGGGGAUUGCUUUUCAAAACUAGGACCUAAAUUUACCAUAAUCAUAUUUGGUCCAAUUCCUCUUGUAUAAUUUUUUUUUUUUUUAGACAUUUCAUAGAAUAGUUGGGGUUACCUUGUUCAUGUUAUGUAGAUCCGACAUUCAGGGUUAAAAAAAGUGUGUGAUAGCCCUUAAUGUCAAACUUUACUCACUUCAUCUGUUUUGUGUAGUCAUAGUUAUGUUUGCAAUUACAUAUAUUUACUGUUGCAGUUGGUGGAUUUGCCAGGACAGCAGAAUAUUAUUAACUGUUCAUUUUUGCGACAAAAUAACCUACUAAUAAUGCAUAGUGUACUGUUUGUUGUAACACCAAAAAAAAAGCAAUGAAAUAUGGCAUCAUUAUGCUGCAAUACUGUGGUCUGCAAAAGGUUCUCAGAACCAAGACUAGUGGGUGGUAACAUGUUCUUAGAUUCAGAAAAAAAACAAAAAAAAAACUACUCGGCAGAUCAGUGGAAAAGGAGCAUUUUUGAUACCAGGUCGGCAGAGAGUUGUACUAGAUUCGAAAUGAAAUCAAUGGUACACGGUGGUCAGGUGUGGCUUUUCCCUGGGCAUUUUUCGUGUACACCCAUGGUGUGUACAGAGAUUGACACACUAUGCAUGUUCUUUUACUUGGUUUAAGAUGGUAUGCAAACAAAUAAAAUCAGUGUGUUGAGAUCCUCACUCAUUGAUGGACA